UCAAAUCAUUUUUUACAUCAGAGCCAUCUGUGUAAGCAGAAAAGUAAUAAACAAUGAGAUGUUAAGGGUUUGUAUUAAGAGGUCUCUCUUCUUGUGCUUAAUGUUUUAUCCUCAAUACCCUUUACUUGCUCAAUGUAAAGCAUGUUACAUUUGUAAUUAACUGUUAAACCCAAGUGCUUAUAAAUGUCAUAAAUUGUAAUGUUAUUAAUGAAAUUUAAAAGCAACAAAAUGCUUGUAAGACUUUUUAUUAUUUUCCUUGCAAUAUCAACGAUGGUGAAAGCUGAAGUCACAGAGUUGCUGGAUCUACCGUUAAAGAUGUCUGAUGGAGAGUUGGUCAUCGAUACUGAUCUAUUUACUCACGAGUCUGAAAUUGAUGGAUAUACAAUCAAAGAAUUGGUAUCAGCUUCAGAAUCAGCCAUCACGGGUAAAAUUCAAGUCUCAAAUUUUGAUAACAAUGAUUCGUACGAUAUUUAUUAUCAGUUUGAUAGAUCUGGUAAAGACAACAAGGAGAGAUUAGUUAUUCAUGGUAAUGAUUGCACAUUGUACAAUCACAGUAAAAUGACUCAAAAUGCAAAUCUAUUUGGAGAUAAUAAACCUCUUAGAGAUCUAAUACUCCUGAUGGGACCUUCAAUUAUAUACCGACUUGAUGGACAAUCAACUGUUUGGCAUGGAUUGAGUAGGAAACUUAUAACGACUGUUGUUAAUAAAACAUUGGAAAUCACUUUUUAUUUCGAUGAUAAAUACACUCAUGGAAAUACAUUCAAAAUUGAAUUCAAUGGCUAUAACCGAUCUACAAAGUCACCUGAAGUGGAGUUAUACCUACGUAUUGCCAAGCAAAAGUCUUUCACUCCGAUUCAAACUACUGAUUUAAAGUACAAAACUCAACCUUCACCUGGAAUUGGUUGUCCGAAUUACUUAAUACCAUCUGAAAGGAAACCGAUUCCCAAGUUAUUGGCCAAGUAUGUAAACUUCACCAUGUAUGAGGAGAUCGAAGGCUCAACUAAUAACAGACCAUUCAGUGAAAUAAUGGCUUCUGGAAAGCACCUUUUGAUGAGACUUAAAACAAACUUAACUGGUGUAAAAACAGAAGUCAUCUACGAUAAUGAACUUGGAAUCAUUCUUACUCUUGAAGAAGGUGGACGUUGCUGGAUUACAAUCGGAGACAGGAACUCCCCUGGACGCGACGCAAAAGGUUACUUUAAGCUUGAGAAUCUUUUCUUUUUCGAUGGCGACUUCAAUUAUGUGGGAAAGGACUACUUCGUAGACCAAUUUAAAUUUCCUGUUGAUGCAUGGGAAUCAGUUCAAUUCAAUGUUGAUUUUCAGGGAAAUAAAGUGGAUAAAUUUGUCGUUACUCAAUAUUUCGUUGAAUCGCCAAACAGUAUUAUAUUCAAUGGUUCAGCGCUUGUCCAAACAAUGAUUUCCAUCUAUGACUCAGACUCAUCGAAAAAAAGUUACGCUUUGGCUAAAAGGAUCAUAAGAGGCUACAGCAAUAUUCGAACGAUUGAAGCUGGAGAAAAAGAAUUAUAUGAUUAUUUUAUGCUGAAGGAUUGUAAAUACUUGCUUAACGACAGAAAAGUAACCCUUAACUUUAAAAUAGCAUGUGAAGCACUUAAUACAGAUUGUAUAAAAUUAGCUAACAGACUUUUGGUCCGAUUCAAGGAAGAGUUCAUAGAUGCAAUGCUAAUAUAUGAACCAAUCUCUCAACUGAGAAUCGAUGAUAUUCAAUACCGUUCUUCCGACUCUCAAAUCGAAAUGAAUGUCACAUUUCUUGAUAAACCCAAUUUUGAUGAUCUUAUGAAGCCAGAAAAAAUGCUUGUCAGUAACGAAACAUUUGAUGUGGCUAGAACUCUCUCCGCAAAUAAUGAGCGUGAAUGCUUGGAUCAAUUAGGUCAUGUCCGCGGACUUUUUUCUGUUGGCAUCUGGCGAUCUUCAGAUUCUUUUUGUGGUUAUUUGAGAAAAUUUGAGGAUUUCAAGGAAGAUGCCAAAAAUGGAGUAUCUUGUGACGUCUACAUCUUGCCAUUAGAGAAGUACUAUCGCAUAAGUCAUGAAUUAGCCCUUGAUGAUCUUCAAAAAUCCUUUUUAGAAAAUAAAUUCAAAACAUUUUCAAUGGGAGAUCCUGAAUCACACGAAUCUAUUUCUUUUAAAAUUAUAGAUAUAGUUAAAGUGCCCAAAUUCGAAAGGGAUGUUAAAGAGUCGGAUAUUACUUUAUACCAUGAAAUCGGAAGCAAUUCGAAGAUGAGAAAAGAUGACAAUACCACUUUAGUUGUACCUGGAAUCGCAAAAUUUUCUGACUGCCUCAGAGUCUGUCAAAAAUCAGAGGGACUUGACUGUAAUUCUUUUUCUUUUUGUUCUGAUUCUGAUUUCGUUGAAUGCAGAGUAAGCACCUUGAGAGAAAGUAAUUUUACUGAUGCAGCAAACAAAGAAAUGGAUUCGAAAUGCUCUAUCUUCACAAUGAAUGCUUUGCGAUUUUACUCAAAAGUUCCUAACCGAAAAUUCAAAAACCAGAUAUCAACUGCAAUUAGGCAUAGCGCUGCGUUAUGUGCUCAGGAGUGUUUGAGUUCCGAUGAUUGUGUAUCAUUCCAACAAUGUGAAUACUCGUGUAGUUUCAAUAGCUUAUAUAGCGACUCGUUUACUGAGUAUGACGAAGAUUGUGCCAUAUAUUACCCCAAAGUAUCUCAUGAGUACAGAAAUACUGGAAAUAAAAUAGUAUCCGAAGUGAUUCACACUGAGAUGAACUUGAAUCUAGACCAAUGUGCUUCAUUGUGCCAUGGAUGGACUGAUGGUGACAAUGGAUGUAAAUCGUUUAACUAUUGUCCUAGAAAUAUCAAUCAAAUGGAAAGCUCAUGUUCAUUGACUAAAUAUUCGGUUAAAAGUUCUGAUGCAAAUAGCACUGAAGGAGGUCACUGUUCAAAUUACGAAUUGAUAACUCAGUCAAAUGACAAUACCAAAGAAGAAUCAAGUGAAACUCAAGUGAUCAAAGGAACGAGUGAAUCGAAUGCUUUCGGUAUAAUCAUAAUGUUUCUGGUCAUUAUUUCUUUUUUAGUAUUCUCAGCUCCAUGUGUUUACGAAAAAAUCAAACCCAAACGAGUUUUUGCACAGUUAAAUGAGAGUUUAACUUUGACAAAACAAGUUAAUGAACAACCUGGAACUACUAAGAUAAAUAUGUCGAACUUUUAAUUGUUGAUCUCACACUCAACUGCAUGUGAAUCCAAAUGUUCCAAGAAUAUAUUCACUCCAGUUCUAUUAGUUUUCUGAAUCCGCCGUCUAUUGUUAAUGUACAUGUAUAUAAUUUAUCAUUCCAAUCUUUUAUGCAAGAAAUCCAGUCAAUAAUAGAUGUAAUAUGAGAUAAAUAAUAAAAGCUUCAUAAGUCAAUUCUAAUCA